AUGCCAGAUGAUAUUCCAAAACUUCCGAGACAGCGUGGAAAGAAAAAUCAACCAAAGGACACAGCAUGGAAGCAGCAAAAACUGCCUGCACUCCGCCCCCACUACAGUAUCACAUCUGCCAUUCCGGUUACUCUAAUCACAGGAUUAGCCACACUGGCAAUGGGAAUUGCACUCUUUUUCGGACAUCAGGGGUCUUUGGAACAAGAGGUACUCUACACGAAUUGCACCCUUCCGAAUGGAACUCAAGUAGAGAGAGUUUUGAGAAGUGAAAUGAGAAAUGAGACAUUCCAAUGCGCGUAUAAUAUUAUUCUGGAUCAGGAUUAUACGGGCGACAUAAAAUUCUACUACGGACUCAACAAGUUCUACCAGAACAAUCGAUUGUACUUUAAUUCUCGAAACGAUCAGCAGUUGAGAGGGAAAAUAAAUGAAAUAGAUGGAUGUGAUCCAUUGCAAUACGUGGAUGUGAAUGGGACAAAAGUUCCGAUUGCUCCAUGUGGAUUUGUUGCGAAUUCCAUGUUUAAUGACACUUUCCAACUAUUCUACAUGAAUGGCACUACAAAUGGAACGACUCGAGUACCGUGGACUACACGUGGAGUACUAGGAGAAACCGAAAUGAAACGAAAGUUUCGAAAUCCAGUGAGAGCUGCCAAUCAGACACUUUGCGAUGUUUUUCAGGGCACAAUCCAACCCCCGGCAUGGAGAUAUCCAAUAUGUCAACUGGGAGUAAAUAGUACUGAUCCUGACGUUGGUAUUGGCUUUGAGAAUAUCGAUUUUAUGGUUUGGAUGAAAGUGGCGGCCCUUCCAAAGUUUAGAAAAUUGUAUCGAGUGUUGAAUAAACAGGUAGAUAUGUUCAGUAACGGGUUGCCGAGAGGAACCUAUCAAUUGGUCAUUAAUUAUAACUACCCAGUGGACAUGUACGACGGAGACAAAUCAUUCAUAAUUGCUUCUGAAAACUGGGUUGGCCCUCGUAAUCUAUUCCUUCCUGUCAUCUAUUUGGUCGUUGGAACUUUCCUCCUUCUAGUCACUAUUCUGUUCAUUCUAAUGUGGUUGAAACAGAGACUUUCUAGAGUUCAUCCCACUUGA